AUUAUAAAACCAUUCAAACAAAUGUGUUUACAUUUUUAUUUAUUUUUUGAAUAUUUUUCUUUAUUUUUUUAUAAUAAUUUAUUUUUAAUUAAUUUUCUACUUAAUAAAUUAAUGUUUUAUUCAACUUACAAAAACAAUGUCAUAUGCUGAAUAUGGCUCACAAAUAUUUUUACCAAAAAAAUAUAAAAUUGACAAAUUAUUUAUACGUAAUGAUGAAUUAUCACAGGUCAAAUCAGGAUGUCGAUUGAAAAUUAAUCAUUCAUUUUGGGAUAUAAGAGCAUGGAGUCAAAAUCACGUUGAUAAUUUUCGUUAUUUUCGUGAAGUAACUGGAGUUUCACCACCUGGAAAAAUUUUGCCAAUUGAAUUUUUGUUGGAUGUGUUGAAGGAUUUUUCACCUCAAGAAGAAAUUGAACAAUUACGAUAUGAAUUGAAUAAAUACAAGUCAUUAAAAUUUACACCAGAACAAGAAAAACAAUUGAUUGCAUUGGGUUUACGACGAGAUAAGACUAAUUUUUCUGUUUAUUAUCAAAAUAAAAAUGAGUCUGAUGAAAAAGUACUGGAUGUCGUUGAUUUUUCAGUUAAAAGUCUACAAACUGAAGAGACUUUUGAUUCAAAAAUUGAUGAGCUAUCAGUUGACAGUGAUAUUUCAAUCUCUAAUAAAUAUUCAGAUAUUAAAUUGGAUAAUUAUAAUCAAGAGUAUGACACUAAAACUGAUGAUGAUACACUGUCCAAUGAAGGGCUCAUUAGUCAAAAUUCUUACUCAAGAACAACGAUCAAUGAAAAUUAUGAAAGUCCAUACAGUUGCACAGCUGAACGAAGUGAAUUUGAGGAUGACAGUUUGUCUGAAAGCGACAGUAAAUCGAAAAUAACAGUAAGCCAAGGAGAUAUUUCUCGCAGUUUCGAUAGCCGAACUAAAGAUACAAUCAUUAAAAAAGAAGCCAAGUUAAUUGCAUUUGAAAAUAAAAUACAGGAAAAAAAUAUUGAACUUGAAGAAUUGAAAGAAUUUAAUAUUACACUACAGAAUUUAGUAGGAGAACAAGUAAUUAAGAUGAAUGAUUUAAAAGAAAAACUAGAGAGCACAAAUGAAAAAUUAUAUCAAAUUAAUUUACAACAUGAUAGUCAAUUUCGAGAAUGGAAAAAAGAGCUAUCGAAGGGAACAAAUUUAAUUGAUCAAUUAAAAAAAAGACACGAUGCAAAAUGUCAUGAUCUUGAAAUUAAAAUUGAAAAAUUACGCAACAAUUCAAAUGAAGCUGAUGAAUUAAGAUAUGAACGAGAUACUUUAUUGGAACAAAUAAAUGAUACAAAUAAAUUAGUAGAAGAUGCUGGUUUUAAUUCUGGAAUAAAAGGAAUCGAAACAUUGAUUUAUAGUUAUUUAAAAUCAACGGAAGCUGAAAGACAUUUGUCACUUUUAUGCACAGAUCAUGAGAAUGAAAUAUCAAGAUUAUCUAAAAUUAUUGAAGAUACUUAUAAAGACAAUGAAAAUAAACUGACUAAAAAAACAAGACUAAUUGAUGAACUAAAAGCCGACUUGAAAGAAAAUAAUGAUAAAAUAAAUAAUUACAAAGAAAAUAUUAUUUUAUUGAAAAAACAAUAUCAAGAAUUUUAUGAAGAUUGUCGUUAUGAAGAUGAAUUAUCCGACAAUGCUUUUGCGACUUAUAUAAAAAAAUCAAUUGGAGAAAUUAAUAAAUUUUUAAAUGCUCUUGAAGGUGCCGAAGAUGCAAAACAACAGGUGUUUAAUAAAAUGGAAGAAGAUAAAAAUUAUUACAAUAAAAAAUUGCAAAUACAAGCUAAUGAAAUUUCUAAAUUACGUAAAUUAAAUGAUGAGCUAAAUAAAAAUGCUAUUAUCUUUGAUAAUGUUAAAGAAACAAAUAGUAAAAUAACAAUAAAAUUGACCCAAUUGCACAAUGAUUAUCAAGAAUCAACAAAAGACAAUCAAAUUUUAAUAAACAAUUUAAAUGAAAAAGAGAAAAAAAUAUCAGAAUUAAUAUCAGAAAAAGAUAAAUUAUUAUUCCGAGUUGAUGAUUCUGAAGCAAUUGUUGUAGAAAAAGAUUUAAAAAUAAAAAUAUUACAAAAAGAAAAUUUAGAUAUUAAAUUACAACUCGACAAAAAUAAUGAAAAAUUAAUAAAUAUUAGAAAAGAAAUGAAUUUUCUAAAUACUAAAAAUGAAAAUAUAAAUAAAAUAAAAAAAUUAGAUGAAGAAAUUAAUAAUUAUAAAAAAGAUAAACAAAAAUUAGAAAAUAAAAUUAUUGAUUUACAUGAAGAAUUAAAAAAUUACAAAUAUUCAAAUGAUAAUUUAGAUAAAAAAUAUUCAAAUUUAUUAAUUGAAAAUAAAAAUUUAUCAAAUAUAAUAUCUCGUAUUGAUGAAAAUAAAUUACAAAAUAUUUUAAACACUGAUAAUUUGCCACAAUCAGAUGUAAUUCAUAAACAAAUUGAAACAUUUAUAAAACGUAUUGAUUCUUCGUCCAACAAUGAAUCUAAAAAUAAUUUAAAUAAAAAAAAUUCAAGAAAAAAAUUAAAAGAAUAUAAAAGUGAAUUUAAUAUUAACAAUGACAAAGAAAAAAUGAUAGAAUCAUUGAAGAAAGAAAAUAAUGAAUUGAGACAAAAAAUAGAUCAUGAUAAAAUUGAGCAUGAGGAUAAACUUGAAAAAUUGGCUGAAACAUAUCAAAUGAAAAUUGAAGAUUUAAGGGAUGAUCACAAUGUAAGUGUACUACGAUUAAAAGCACAAUGUGUUCAGUCAGAUCAAGAUGACAAUGACACUCCAAAACCACCACUUUCAAUGAGUAAUAUUAUUGGCAAUUACGAUUAUCGUCACUCUUCAUCUGUGAAAAAAAAUCCAAUAAUCAUGGACAAUGAAAUUUCAUUUACAAAUUCUCAAAAUCCAGUUGAUUUUUUUCCAUAUACUGAUGAUUCCAAAGCCGAAAGAUACAUUUGUGUUUCACGAGAUAAUCAAGAAGAAGCUCCUGUUUUAACCAAGGGAAAAACUUUUAUGGCUCAUUGUAGCACUAUUGAACGAUCAAAUAAUAUUUGAUCAUUUAACAAAGCAGGUUACGUGUUUCUCUAAAAUUCAAAGAUAUAUUUAUUUUAAAAAAAAAAUAAUACCAACUACAUCUGAGACUUGUUGUUUAAAUUAAUAAUAACAUGAGAGAUCUUUAAUUUUUUUUUUUUUCCAUUUUUGAUUAUUGUGUGAAAUAAAUUAAUAUAUCCAUCGGAUCAAUUAGCAAUGUGUUUAUUAACUUACUGGACAUAGAUCGAGCGAGAUCUCAAUUGAAACACAAGAUCUUUUUGCAGCUGCUGGUAAAAGAGAUCUCAAGUAAUUUUAAUUUCAAACAGACAAAAAAAAAAACACCAAUAAACUUUAGAUGAAUUUACUUUUAUUAUUGUAUCUAUUUUAUUAUUAUAAUAAUUAUUUUUUAGAGAUAAAUUAUACAUAUAAAUAAAACAUGUAACAAACAA